GGGGCUGUAUUGCGCGCGCGCCCCGGAAGCGGAAGCCUUCCCGGCCUUGCCGGCGGCUGAUUCGAGGGCUUGUUUGGUCAGAAGCGGCGCCUUAGAGAACCUGCGCCAGAGCCAACCAUGCCGUCUGAGGGUCGCUGCUGGGAGACCUUGCAGGCUCUACGCAGUUCCGACAAAGGUCGCCUUUGCUACUACCGCGACUGGCUGCUGCGGGGCGAGGAUGUUUUAGAAGAAUGUAUGUCUCUUCCCAAGCUAUCUUCUUAUUCUGGAUGGGUGGUAGAGCACGUCCUACCCCAUAUGCAGGAGAACCAGCCUCUUUCUGAAACUUUGCCAUCCUCUGCGUCGGCUUCAGCCCUAGACCAACCCUCGUUUGUUCCCAAAUCUCCUGACACAAGCUCCGCCUUUUCCCCAGCCUCCCCUGCAACACCAGAUGGAACCAAGGGCAAAGAUGAGUCCCAGCACACAGAAUCUAUGGUACUUCAAUCCUCACGGGGGAUCAAAGUGGAAGGCUGCAUCCGAAUGUACGAACUGGCACACAGAAUGAAAGGAGCAGAGGGCCUGAGGCAAUGGCAGGAGGAGCAGGAGAGGAAGGUGCGAGCCCUCUCGGAGAUGGCAUCUGAACAACUGAAGCGGUUUGAUGAAUGGAAGGAACUGAAGCAGCAUAAGGAAUACCAAGACUUGCGGGAAGUAAUGGAGAAGAGCUCUAGAGAAGCCUUGGGACACCAAGAGAAGCUAAAAGCUGAGCACCGUCACAGAGCAAAGAUUCUCAACCUGAAGCUGCGGGAGGCGGAGCAGCAACGCGUGAAGCAAGCGGAACUGGAGCGGCUUCGGAAAGAAGAAGGCCAGGUCCGCCUGCGGGCCCUCUAUGCUUUGCAGGAGGAGAUGCUGCAGCUCAGCCAGCAGCUGGAUGCUUCUGAGCAGCACAAAGGCCUGCUUAAGGUCGACCUGGCUGCCUUCCAGACCCGAGGCAACCAGCUGUGCAGCCUCAUCUCAGGGAUCAUCCGGGCCUCUUCAGAGAGUGGCUAUCCUACAGCAGAGAGCCAAGCUGAGGCUGAGCGAGCUCUGCAGGAAAUGCGGGACCUCCUUAUGAACUUGGGGCAGGAGAUCACCAGAGCCUGCGAAGACAAGAGGAGGCAGGAUGAAGAGGAGGCCCAGGUAAAGCUGCAAGAGGCACAGAUGCAGCAGGGACCAGAAGCCCACAAAGAGCCCCCAGCUGCCAGCCAGGGCCCAGGAGGGAAACAGAAUGAAGACCUCCAGGUGAAGGUACAAGACAUUACAAUGCAGUGGUACCAGCAGCUGCAGGAUGCUUCCAUGCAGUGUGUGUUGACCUUUGAGGGCCUGACCAACAGCAAGGACAGUCAGGCCAAAAAGAUAAAGAUGGACCUCCAGAAGGCUGCUACCAUCCCAGUGAGCCAAAUCUCUACCAUUGCAGGCUCAAAACUGAAGGAGAUCUUUGACAAGAUCCACAGCCUGCUCUCUGGAAAACCUGUUCAAUCUGGUGGGCGCUCUGUGUCUGUCACACUUAACCCACAGGGGCUGGACUUUGUUCAAUACAAACUGGCAGAGAAAUUUGUGAAACAAGGCGAGGAGGAAGUGGCCUCUCACCAUGAAGCAGCAUUCCCCAUCGCAGUUGUGGCAUCUGGGAUCUGGGAGCUCCACCCCAGAGUGGGGGACCUCAUUCUUGCUCAUCUACAUAAGAAGUGUCCUUACUCUGUUCCUUUCUAUCCCACUUUCAAGGAGGGAAUGGCUUUGGAAGACUAUCAGAGGAUGCUUGGCUACCAAGUAAAGGAUUCCAAAGUGGAGCAGCAAGACAACUUUCUAAAACGCAUGUCAGGGAUGAUCCGUCUCUACGCUGCCAUCAUCCAGCUCCGGUGGCCAUAUGGAAACCGACAGGAGAUUCACCCUCAUGGCUUAAAUCAUGGAUGGCGCUGGUUGGCACAGAUCUUAAACAUGGAGCCCUUGUCAGAUGUGACAGCCACCCUCCUCUUUGACUUCCUGGAGGUGUGUGGGAAUGCCCUCAUGAAGCAAUACCAGGUUCAGUUCUGGAAGAUGCUAAUUCUUAUCAAAGAGGACUACUUUCCCAGAAUUGAAGCUAUCACAAGCUCAGGACAGAUGGGUUCCUUCAUACGCCUCAAGCAGUUCUUGGAGAAAUGUUUGCAACACAAGGACAUUCCUGUCCCCAAGGGCUUUCUGACUUCCUCCUUCUGGCGCUCCUGAUGUCACUCCAUCACCUACCAUCACCAUUAUGCUGCAAAGAGGCAAUAAUAAAGGAACUGAAGACACCUGUAUUUGGGAGAAGUCAUGUCAGAUUCAGAAAUUUGCCAAUAUGUAUUUUUAUGUAUUUAUACCUUGUGACUAGGAGAGGAGAUUUUCAUGCGUCACAAAAUUCUUGGAGGUCCCUUAGUAGAUUUGGUAGUUCCUUAAGAGAUCCACAUGAUAAAAUAAAUGGAAUUGGCCUUUCUUGUUUUUUGCAAAAGUGAUAAAAGGUGUUUAGCACUUGGUCUCCUCCCUUCUUUGUCUCUAGUGUCUUUCAGAAAGUUGGCAAUACCUUAACAAAUGCACUCUGAGCUGGAGGGAGCCCACCAUUUGCACCCACCUACCCACCCUCACCCCUGUUCAGAUGCAUUUCCAGAAAGAGCUAAGGCUCAUAAGGUUCCCUUUUAAGUAUUAUUUAAUAGUUGAGGCCAGAUACUUAAUGCAAGUCUGGGUUAUGGUGGUUUUGCCUUUCUCAGCUGGUGAAGUCAUUCUAAAGCCAGAGGAAGUAUGUGAUAUACACAUGGACUAAGGCCCAGAUGACACUCUGGCUAGAUUAGCAUCUGGGAUUAGGACUGGAAACACGUCAUAUGGAACGAAGGGGAACUCUUUGUCAUCCUAAUUUGGAAGUUGGUCCCUGGAUGGCCAGGGAUGCAUGAACCAGGCAGGUACCUUUUUUGGUUUUGUUUUUGUUUUGUUUCUUUUCAGUUUGAAUUAAGAUGGGGCGUGCAACAUUAAACAUGAGCUGAGCAUCCAUAAGCAUUGAAUUGGGAUUAAACAAACAUGUUGGGCAGGAAUUGAACACCGCUAAUAUGAUGAUAAAUAUGCCUGACUAAAGCCACUACAAAAAUUCAGAGAUUGGCUGUUCAGAUAAGAGUUGAGAUUUGUUUUGUGGAAAGACUAAUUCUCUUUGAUACUGCAAAGGCAGUGGCCAUGGAUCUAUUCCUCUGUGCUAAAUGUCUUGUGGCAGGGUGUGUUUGUGGGGGAGUGUUUGCUGGUACUCUUGAGUAGCCUGAAGUGACCCAUUCUAUGAAUUGUUAAUUAUGGUGCCAAAAAAAUAAAUAAAUAAUAAAGCUUGGUUUUUU